GGCGUUACUGUGGCUGGCAUGCGCAGCAGCAAACACCUUGGAAAGGCUCCUCCUCGCUUCUUAGCACCAGGUUAAAAACCUCACCACCACGUGCUGUUUGCAAAGCUGCCUGUGACUGACACCCCAGAGCCAGAGACUGCACUCCCUGGGAGCCAGCAUGUCAGCUGCAGUCCUGGAGAACGGAGGCUUCAGCAGGAAAUUCAGCGACUUUGGACAGGAAACAAGCUAUAUUGAAGACAACACCAAUCAAAAUGGUACCAUUUCACUGAUCUUCUCACUCAAAGAAGAAGUUGGUGCCCUGGCCAAAGUCUUGCGUUUAUUUGAGGAGAAUGAUAUAAACCUGACCCACAUUGAAUCGAGACCUUCACGUUUAAAGAAAGAUGAGUAUGAAUUUUUCACCUAUCUGGACAAGCGCAGCGUGCCAGCUCUGGCCAACAUCAUCAAGAUCCUGAGGCACGACAUCGGCGCCACGGUGCAUGAGCUUUCCCGGGAUAAGAAGAAAGACACGGUGCCCUGGUUCCCAAGAACCAUUCAAGAGCUUGACAAAUUCGCCAAUCAGAUUCUCAGCUACGGAGCGGAACUGGAUGCAGAUCACCCGGGUUUUAAAGAUCCUGUAUACCGAGCAAGACGGAAGCAAUUUGCUGACAUUGCCUACAACUAUCGACAUGGGGAGCCCAUCCCUCGAGUGGAAUACACGGAGGAAGAAAAGAAAACAUGGGGGACGGUGUUCAGGACCCUGAAGUCCUUGUAUAAAACCCAUGCUUGCUACGAGCACAAUCACAUUUUCCCACUUCUGGAAAAGUACUGUGGCUUCCACGAAGACAACAUCCCCCAGCUGGAAGAUGUCUCUCAAUUUCUGCAGACUUGCACUGGUUUCCGCCUCCGACCUGUGGCUGGCCUGCUUUCCUCUCGGGAUUUCUUGGGUGGCCUGGCCUUUCGAGUCUUUCACUGCACUCAGUACAUCAGACAUGGGUCCAAGCCCAUGUAUACACCUGAACCUGACAUCUGCCAUGAGCUGUUGGGACAUGUACCCUUGUUUUCAGAUCGCAGCUUUGCCCAGUUUUCUCAGGAAAUUGGCCUUGCCUCUCUGGGUGCACCUGACGACUAUGUGGAGAAACUUGCAACGAUUUACUGGUUUACUGUGGAGUUUGGUCUCUGCAAACAAGGAGACUCCAUAAAGGCAUAUGGUGCUGGGCUCCUGUCAUCCUUUGGUGAAUUGCAGUACUGCCUGUCAGGCAAGCCGGAGCUCCUUCCUCUGGAACUGGAGAAGACAGCCGUGCAGAAGUACACAGUCACGGAGUUCCAGCCCCUGUAUUACGUAGCUGAGAGUUUUAAUGAUGCCAAGGAGAAAGUGAGGAACUUUGCUGCAACAAUUCCACGGCCCUUCUCGGUUCGUUAUGACCCAUACACCCAAAGGAUUGAGGUCUUGGACAAUACCCAGCAACUUAAGAUUUUGGCUGACUCCAUCAAUAGUGAAGUUGGAAUCCUUUGCAGUGCUCUCCAGAAAUUAAAGUGAAGCCAUGAACAGAACCUGAUGUGUCAACUGAGGAUCUGUUGAUAGAAACUCAAUUACUUCUUUUAUUUCAUCUGAAAAAGUCUGAAAAGCAAGCCUUAGUUUGAAAUGACAGCCUUAAAUCCUUUUUAGAACAAAGUGGGGGGAUCAACAAAUAAAUCAAAAUAAUCUGAAAUGACAGCGUAUUAAUACAUACCCAAAAGCAGAGUGCUGGGUCUUUUAGGGUCACCUUUGAUUUAGGGAUGAUAAUCUGUACUCUCAAUUGAGUUAAAAAUCAAUAAUCUGUCACAUUUCAUCAAAGUUAAUUAAAAUUUGGGACCUGCUUUCUUCAGCCUUCCUGAAUACGUUUGUUAACUUGCCGUAGAGAAUGCCUAAAGGAGUAUAUAUAUCACUCAAUGUGAAACGCAAGUCUGUCAGAAUUGGAUUUCUGGAUUUCAUAUAAAUCUUAACCUACAAAGGUCAUUUUCUGUUUCAGUGAACUAUGAUUCUAAUUGCUGCUUUGUUAUUUUGCCUUUGUAGAUCUUCUUUAAUUCAGGAGCCUGUUAAAGUACUUCUAAACAUUAAAGUUCAUAGCAUGGUAUCAAAAUAUUUCUGUAUGUUUUAUUAUAAUCGUAAACACUGCUGUGGAAGGUACUAGAACUUACCACCUGACUCCCA